AUGAAGAUGAAGUAAAGAUAAAUUAAUAUCAUAAUUAUAUAGGAUGAAAUUUCUGAAAAAAUAGAAUAUUUUUUAAUUAAAAAAAAAUAAAACAAUUAAUAAUAUCAGAUAAUGCCAAUUAUUAGUAAAUUACAUAAUUAAACAAAAAAUUAAUUAUUGUCUGUUGAUUAAAGUGAUAUGGAUAAAAUAAUAUAUUAAAAUAUUCUAGAUGAAUUUGCUCCAAAUAUUUAAUCUGAUUAUAUUUUUAUUAAGAAGAUUUAUUUAAAAAAUUAUAUAUAAAAUAUAUACUGA